GCAAAACGUGGCGUCCCUGGGAUACUAAGCCAAGCGUUUGGUUCAACGGGCUUCGUACUCCGCUCGUUUUGAUAUCCCUCUCUAUCCUACUUCCUUCACAUCCUUGCCUUGAGUUCUCUGGACUAUACUUCAUUACGCCAGUUACGCCAUCCCGCAUCCCUACAUUCCCGACAUCCCUCGUCUUUAUUGGCAAUUAACUUCGCUUUUCCCCGUGCCACGCAUCGCUCCGAUGCUAGAGCACAUUCACAAUGAGUGUUGUCGCUACUAGACCGGAGAACCCGGGGUUCUACAGCUCAAUCCCUGAGGACCAUGUUGCCGUCUACACUUCGCCUGUCCAGCCAAUUGCCUCGCGAACGUCGUCCGUAUCCUCCUAUAGAACCAACUACAGCGCCUCAACCGCGCCGACCACAUAUUCCCCCUCCUCGCCCGCCUCGUCCUGUCGCCAAUUCGACUCCCAGGGCUCAAUUCCCAAGAUCACAGAGCCCAUUCAACGUCGUAUACCCCAGGAGGUUUACGAGGUAGUGAUUCACCAUCUGGAGGAAUUGCACAAAGGCCAGCACCAGGCAGGAUGCACGACGUGUUUCCAACGCGAUCUUCAUGCCUUGUCCUUGACGUGUCGAUCUUGGGAAAAGGCCGUCAGAGCGCCUCUUUAUCACCAUAUUCACAUUGUUGGAAAUGACUCCCCGGCCCAAUUGAAGAAAUACCGUCUGAAGCGCGGAAGUCGCCUGAAACUCCUGAGACGAACCCUGCGCGAACGAAAGUUGUUGGCCAAUCUUGUUUACGAAUUACGCGUGCCACAGUUGGACCUGCUCUUUACCACCACAAAACAAAGUGCCCAAUGGCAGGAAUACCGCGACCUCGUUGCAUCGGUGGUUAUGGUGUGCCCGAACUUGGAACGUCUCUUGGGCUUGUCUAUCCCCUAUCACCACGAAUUCGACCGUCUGACCCAUGCUCUGUCGACUCGCAAAAAACUAAAAGAGCACACCUGGGUUCUGGGCGAGGCUGCGGAAGUAUCGGAGGUGUCUCCUCGCGACGACUUCUGUCCUGGAAGUUUGGGUCCUUCGCAGAUGUUUGAAUUCCUGGACUACCACACCUCUUGGUCAAGCUUGGAGACACUGAUGCUUUAUGGGUUGAACGGCAAUGGCGCGUUAGAGCCUAGCAUCUUCUUACGAAUGUUCCACCUUCUCCCCUCCCUGCGAAACCUGUGCAUCUCCUCUUUCAACGAGGACGCCUUUGCCGAUAGCACCUUGCUGUGCCUACCGCCAUUGGAGUCAUUGCGACUAGAGAACCUGCCCGGCAUCACAGACGCCGGUCUCACACAAUAUACGUCUCGUUCCGAGUCAGCUUCCCUCAAGACUUUUGUUCUAGUGGAGCAGAACAUCGAGUCCCUCCUUGUCAUUUCCAAGAUUCUUUCAUCACUACGACAGCUCGAACGAUUCAAGAUCGUCCAGACCGAAAAAUGCCCAACUUUACCAAACGAAGACAUGAUCUUCCAGCCUAUCCUUGCCUCGUCGACUUUGAAAUAUCUUCACUGGGAUGUGGCGUGCCCGGACCCAGGCACAGCUCUCACUCAACUUGAUACCCUUCCCUUCCAGAAAUCCACCAAAACCUCCAAUACCCCCAACUCUCAUCUUGCCCAAAGCAUUCUCUCCGCCGGAUUCCCAGAAUUGGAAUCCCUCCGCGCACCCAAUGACGCUGCCUGCCGGCCCAUCUUAAAGGGACAGGCUUUGCUCCGACCAGACCGAUACAGUCUCCCUCGUAGCUCAUAUGGGUCUGUCAAUACUCGGCCGCUCGCUCUGCCAGCCGGUAACAAUCUAACCUCUGCUCGGAUCCGCGCCCAAACAUUCAUUGACAUGGCGGCGAAAGAUACAGAGGCAGGGAUGCCAGUGCUGAUCCAGGAUUACUCGGACAGCUUUGUGCCCGACAAUGCGCAGGCCACCCAAUUUGAGGACGAGCCCGAGCAAGAAAUGGACGAUUACGGCAUCUGGGCCGCCUGCGAGCGAUACAAACACCAGGAAAACAACCACGACGGACCAAAGACAGUGUAUGAGUUCCACAUGCCAGCCUUCAUGGGCCGCAGCGGCGUUAGAGAUCCCGCAACCGGUGCCUCAAUUCCUCAAUUCAUCCUCCGCCCCGACAUCACGGGCCAGGAGGCUGACGGUGGUUUGAUUGGGUGGAAGCAACUCCUCGCAUCGAACCAAUCCCUCUCAUACGCCGCCGGACCCUCCCAUCCCACCCCCGAAGAGGUUGCCUCGCCUUCCUCUGGCACAUCCCGCUUCGGUUGGGGCAGCUUGAGUGGUCGGUCGGUUAUGGGUACCUCUCCUUCGACGCCUAUCACUCCGAUCACACCUAUGAGCAGUAUGUCUAGCCAGGCAUUGCCAUGGGAAAAGGAUACCUGCACCGGUUCCUGGAACCACAAAACAGGCCGAGAGUGGUGGUUCCAUAUGGAACGUGAUCGUCCGAGCAAUACCGAGCUCAUUGAUAUCAAGCAACUUUUCUGA